UCUUUCCUCCUGUUGUGCUUCAGGGGUCCUCAGGACACAUGCUUUGAAGGCGGCGUGUUCCCUGCCGUCCUCAGCUUCCCCUCAGAUUAUCCCCUCAGCCCCCCCAAGAUGAGGUUCACCUGCGACAUGUUCCACCCCAACAUCUACCCUGAUGGGAGGGUCUGUAUCUCCAUCCUUCACGCUCCAGGAGACGAUCCAAUGGGAUACGAGAGCAGCGCGGAGAGGUGGAGUCCAGUGCAGAGCGUGGAGAAGAUCCUGCUGUCUGUGGUCAGCAUGCUUGCAGAGCCGAACGAUGAGAGUGGAGCGAACGUUGACGCCUCUAAGAUGUGGCGUGAAGACCGGCAGCAGUUCUACAGCCUUGCUCAGAACAUCGUGAGGAAGUCGCUCGGCCUGUAGAGACGACAGUGAUUCAGAAACACCUGGACACCUGACACCUGGACACCUGACACCUGGACACGGACUGAUCAAUGAACUGAUGUCUGGAUCAACACAAUCCAAAAUCGACUAAAAAUCAACAGCAGAGAAAGUCGUCACCUGUGGAGCAGCGAGACUCUAUUAUUAUCCUCAUUAAUAUGAUACACAAAGCAUGCAGGCGUUAACACACAGGAUGACAAUCUACACAUUCUCAAAACACAUUUAAAUAAAUAGAAUAUGGCGAUUACAAAUAUAACCCUGAAAUAUAAACAUAUGGUUAAAUACAUCCUUUGACAACAAAUAGUUUGUUUCCGAAGUGGAAUCGCUCAGGACAGAUUCAACUCUGAUUAUUUAAAUCCAUAAUAUAUACAUUUUAAAUGUAUUUAGAGCCACAUAAAAAAUGAUCCUUCACAUGUUUAUCUUCCACUUUGUUCUUUUAGGUUAAAGAAACACACUUUUUGGGCUUCAGAGUGAAACAUGCCGUUAAUGAGAGGAUGAUAAGAAUCUAAUGUAAUGAGCAGAAACACACCUUCUACCUUCCUCCCGUUGUUAAAGGUUUCACUGCGAGAGGAUAUUAAUGUUUCUGCUGCGUUGAACUUUAAUCUGUUUUAUUCGGAAGCUCUGAUUCGUCUCAGAGCUCCACAUUUCUCUCAGACUUUACGCACUUUAUCUGAAGGAUCGUCUCCGUCGUCGAUAUAUUUUUAAAGAAAUGAAGCUGGAAGUUUAGAGUUUCUGACGGGAGGAUGGAGAGUUUUAUUUUGAUGUGUUAAUUUGAAAGAAAAAUAAACAGAGGGAAAAUGGCA